AUGAAGUUCACCACAGCUUUGGCCGCCCUUGUGGCCAGCGUAAUCGCCGCCCCAGUCCCAGAGGCUGAGGCCAGCCUUGAGUCUCGCAACCCAGGUGGUAUCAACUACGUUCAGAACUACAAUGGCAACCUUGGCCAGUUUACCUACAACCUCGGUGCCGGUACCUACUCUAUGUACUGGACUAACGGUGUGAACGGCGACUUCGUUGUCGGUCUUGGUUGGUCCCAGGGUGCUGCCCGUACCAUCACGUACUCGGCAAACUACCAGGCAUCAUCCAGCGGCUCCUACCUGUCCGUGUACGGCUGGGUCAACUCUCCUCAGUCAGAGUACUACGUUGUCGAGAACUACGGUUCUUACAACCCUUGCAGCGGUGCUCAGUCUCUUGGCUCUCUGUCCUCUGACGGAGGCAGCUACAACGUCUGCACCGACACCCGCACUAACCAGCCAUCCAUCACCGGUACCUCCACCUUCAAGCAAUUCUUCUCUGUGCGCCAGAGCAAGCGCAGCUCCGGCAGCGUCACCGUUGGUAACCACUUCAACUACUGGGCCCGUUCCGGAUUCGGCAACGGCAACUUCAACUUCCAGGUCUUCGCCGUCGAGGCUUUCAACGGCAAGGGUUCUGCGACUGUCACUAUGUCUUAG